AUGGCCACUCCACGCUCACCACCAGGGAGCAUCCGUCGUCAUGGGCGUAACAUAUCACACCCAAUUCCCAGGCGCACAACAGUGGGCCCCUUAGAAGAGGCAGCAGACGAUCCGCUGGCUGAAGCUACACCAGCCCCACCAGUUGCCAGCAAGGAGAGCGAAGAUGCGCUCGUUCCACCUGUAGAGCAGUUGCGAGACUCGACACCACAGCCACCAAAUGUGAAAGCACCACAGCAGAAAAGGCCAGCACUCAAUCUUGGCUUCCUCCAAAAUGGAGACCUAUACCACCAGCUCUUCGUGAAUGAUGUUCCCAAAGCGUUUCUAGAGUCACCGAGUCAACCAUCAUUAGAGGCUUCACUUUCAGAACUGCUGCAGGGUGGGCACUUCAGGCGUGCAGCGGAGAAGGCACUCAGAGACCUGCUGGCUCACCAUGGAAGCGACUCACUCCUCAUACUACAUCUUCUAUACACUCGCCUGGCGUGUCUUGUCCUGAUAUCUAGACCCGACUUGGCGGCCCAGGAAGCAUUGCCCUUGCUGGACAUGAUGGCGCGGAAUCCUCCUGGGGUGCAAGUCAUUGUACAAAUCAUGCCAUGGGAGCUGAGGCUAUUGCUGGUCCGCUUGCAGUCUAUUGGUGCCGCAGACGGAGGUCGUCGCGGCAUCAUGGCGUUGUACGCACUUAGCGCCGAAGCACGAGCUAAUCUCCGCGAUGCACGAACGAAUGGUGAUAACGAUAACACCGCCAUAUGGACAAAUCGACUACAGGACCUUGGACUGCGAGUAUGCGAUGCCUUGGUCGAGAUGGGCGAGCUUGAGACAGCAACGCGGCAUCUUGACACACUGGCAGACAUUGACCCGGAUAAUCUGGCCUACCGCAAGGCGUUGCUCAAAGUUCGAGUAGGCGACGUCUCUGGCGCUCGGCGGUGUGCGGAGCAAAUGCAUGAUGCAGGAAGAAAGAAAGGGCUCGAGGCCCUCUUCGAAGUUGCUGAUGGCAACUAUUCAUCUGCUAUUCGUGGCUGGCAAAUGCUCGCUGAAGAACACGCUGGCCAUGAAUCCUUCACCCAAAACGCUGCCGUGUCUCUCCUCUAUACUGGCCGAAUCACAUCUGCCCAAGAUGUAUUGGAAGAUCUGUCCGCACGACUACCAAUGUUUCCAACUUUGCUCUUCAACUUGAGCACAGUUUACGAACUCUGCACCGAGCGCGCCAUCGAUCGCAAGACUGCCCUGGUACAACGAGCUGCCGAACAGGAGCCUGGACCUGACAGCGGCGGCUGGGAACGAUCGACUUUCGAGUUCAAGCUCUAG